GCGGAGCCCCACGGGCCGCAGUGCGCAGGCGCCGACCUCAUGCUCCGCGCGGCGUCUCGAGCUGUGGGCCGCGCCGCGGUCCGCUGUACGCGGAGGUCCAGGCCGCCUCAGGCACGCGCUGCCGUCGCCAUGUCCCGGCCUCCGUGCGUCCCCUCGGGAACUCCGGCCCGUCCCGCCACCGUGCUGGGCACCAUGGAGAUGGGGCGCCGCAUGGACGCGCCGGUCAGCGCCAAGGCCGUGCGCGCUUUCCUGGAGCGCGGUCACACCGAGCUGGACACGGCCUUCAUGUACAGCGACGGCCAGUCCGAGAGCAUCCUGGGCGGUCUGGGGCUCGGGCUGGGCGGCGGCAACUGCAGAGUGAAAAUUGCCACCAAGGCCAAUCCCUGGGAUGGGAAAUCACUGAAGCCUGACAGUCUCCGGUCCCAGCUGGAGACGUCACUGAAACGAUUGCAGUGCCCCCAGGUGGACCUCUUCUACCUGCAUGCACCAGACCAUGGCACUCCCGUGGAAGAGACCCUGCGUGCCUGCCACCAGCUGUACCAGGAGGGCAAGUUUGUGGAGCUUGGCCUCUCCAACUAUGCCGCCUGGGAGGUGGCCGAGAUCUGUACCCUCUGCAAGACCAACGGCUGGAUCCUGCCAACUGUGUACCAGGGUAUGUACAACGCCACCACCCGGCAGGUGGAAACGGAGCUCUUCCCCUGCCUCAGGCACUUUGGACUCAGGUUCUACGCCUACAACCCUUUGGCUGGGGGCCUGCUGACUGGCAAGUACAAGUAUGAGGACAAAGAUGGGAAGCAACCUGUGGGCCGCUUCUUUGGAAAUAGCUGGGCUGAGACCUACAGGAAUCGCUUCUGGAAGGAGCACCACUUCAAGGCCAUUGCCCUGGUGGAGAAGUCCCUGCAGGCUGCGUAUGGCACCAGUGCCCCCAGCAUGACCUCGGCCGCCCUGCGGUGGAUGUACCACCACUCACAGCUCCAGGGUGCCCAUGGGGACGCGGUCAUCCUGGGCAUGUCCAGCCUGGAGCAGCUGGAACAGAACUUGGCAGCCACGGAGGAAGGGCCCCUGGAACCAGCUGUCGUGCAGGCCUUUGAUCAAGCCUGGCACCUGGUUGCCCAUGAAUGUCCCAACUACUUCCGCUAGGCUUCCACAUGGCUCCAACUGCCAAAGGUUUCUGUUCUCUCACCCUGGUCAGUCUUUGCCUUACGCUGAUUUAGUGUGGUCUUUCUUGACUGUCUGGACUCGUAUAUUAUUUUUCUAGAUUCCUGCCUUGCUCCCAGUUGCCUUCACAAUGUGUAAAGGCUGGGGCCGAGCCUUACUGGGGCAUUUCCUGUCUGAAUAAAGCAGGCAGUUGACCUGGCUAUAGCCCAGGCCCUGAGUGAACCCCACAGA